CAGCCGCAGUCAGUCUGGUUCCUGUUAUUCAGCGCCUGUAGUGCUAACUGUGUAGCAAAACAACUUUAACAAAGUUGCUCCUCAUUACUGCGGUAUCUUUCUUAGUCUCAGAAACAGUUCGCAUUAAAACGGAGUGAACAAAAUGCCCGCGGUCUCUAAAGGGGAUGGAAUGCGUGGUUUGGCUGUGUUCAUUUCAGACAUCAGGAACUGUAAAAGUAAGGAGGCAGAAGUGAAGAGGAUAAACAAAGAGCUCGCCAACAUCCGUUCCAAAUUUAAAGGAGACAAGGCUUUGGAUGGCUACAGCAAAAAGAAAUAUGUGUGCAAACUGCUCUUCAUCUUCCUUCUGGGCCACGAUAUCGACUUUGGACACAUGGAGGCUGUCAAUCUCCUUAGCUCCAACAAAUACACCGAAAAGCAAAUUGGUUACUUGUUCAUCUCCGUGCUGGUGAACUCCAACAGUGACCUCAUCCGUCUGAUCAACAACGCCAUCAAGAACGACCUCGCCAGCCGCAACCCGACCUUCAUGAACCUGGCUCUGCACUGCAUCGCUAACGUGGGGAGCAGAGAGAUGGCCGAGGCUUUUGCUUCAGAGAUUCCCAGAAUCUUGGUGGCAGGGGACACCAUGGACAGCGUGAAGCAGAGCGCUGCGCUGUGUCUGCUGCGGCUCAACAGGACUUCUCCUGACCUGGUGCCUAUGGGGGAGUGGACAGCACGGGUCGUCCACCUGCUCAAUGAUCAGCACCUGGGAGUAGUCACAGCAGCCACCAGCCUCAUCACCACCCUGUCCCAGAAGAGUCCAGAUGACUUUAAGACGUCCGUGUCCCUGGCUGUGGCCAGGCUCAGUAGGAUUGUGACCUCUGCAUCCAUCGAUCUGCAGGACUAUACCUACUACUUUGUUGCUGCUCCAUGGUUGUCUGUCAAACUGCUGCGCCUGCUGCAGUGCUACCCUCCACCUGAGGACGCGUCAUUGCGAAGUCGUCUGACCGAGUGUCUGGAGACCAUCCUUAAUAAAGCCCAGGAGCCGCCUAAGUCCAAGAAGGUGCAGCACUCCAAUGCAAAAAACUCUGUUCUUUUUGAAGCCAUUGCCCUCAUCAUCCACCAUGACAGUGAACCCAACUUGUUGGUACGAGCCUGCAACCAGCUGGGCCAAUUCCUGCAGCACAGAGAAACUAACCUCCGUUACCUGGCCUUGGAGAGCAUGUGCACGCUGGCCAGCUCCGAGUUCUCACACGAAGCCGUGAAGACGCACAUCGAAACUGUCAUCAACGCCCUAAAGACUGAGAGAGAUGUGAGCGUGCGCCAGCGGGCCGUCGACCUUCUCUACGCCAUGUGUGACCGCAGCAACUCCAAGCAGAUUGUAGCGGAGAUGCUGAGCUACUUGGAGACGGCAGACUACUCAAUCAGAGAGGAGAUUGUGCUGAAGGUGGCCAUCCUGGCCGAGAAGUAUGCGGUAGAUUACACUUGGUAUGUGGACACCAUCCUCAACCUGAUCCGCAUUGCCGGCGACUAUGUGAGCGAGGAGGUGUGGUACCGAGUCAUCCAGAUCGUCAUCAACCGGGACGACGUCCAAGGCUAUGCUGCCAAGACCGUGUUUGAGGCCCUUCAGGCUCCAGCCUGUCAUGAGAAUCUAGUGAAAGUGGGUGGUUACAUUCUGGGAGAGUUUGGAAAUCUGAUUGCUGGUGACCCUCGCUCCAGCCCCCUGGUCCAGUUCAACCUGCUUCACUCCAAGUUCCACCUGUGCUCGGUGCCGACCCGGGCCCUGCUGCUCUCCGCGUACAUCAAGUUCAUCAACUUGUUUCCAGAGGUGAAAGGCAUAAUCCAAGAUGUCCUCCGCUCAGACAGCCAGCUUCGCAACGCCGAUGUGGAGCUCCAGCAGAGGGCAGUGGAGUACCUGAGGCUCAGCUGCAUCGCCAGCACUGACAUACUGGCCACCGUGUUAGAAGAAAUGCCUCCAUUCCCAGAGAGAGAGUCGUCCAUCCUGGCCAAGCUGAAGAAGAAGAAGGGUUCCAGCAAACUGCCCGACAUGGAUGAUUCCCGAAAGAAUGUCAACGGCAGCAGUGAACACCCUGAGGAUGCCGAAGUGGCCAGCAAGCCUCCUCAGUUUCUGUUGGAAGAGCUCAUUUCCACAGACAGACCCCAUCCCUCCUCCAGCACCACCAUGCUCCCCACCAAAACCAUGGUUUCCAGCCACAACUUCACUGACAACCUGAGUGUGAACUCAGCCCCGUCCUCAGGAGCCAGCCUGCUGGUGGAUGUCUUCUCUGACUUUAGCAGUGCUGCACCCACAGAGGGCUCAGAUGAACACUUUCCCAGGUUUGUGUGCAAAAACAAUGGUGUUAUCUUCGAGAACCAGCUUCUCCAGAUUGGACUGAAGUCUGAGUACCGGCAGAACCUGGGUCGCAUGCAUGUGUUCUAUGGCAACAAGACCUCCACACAGUUCCUGAGCUUCUCCACCUCAGUGAGCAGUAAUGACGUCCUCAGCUCUCAGCUGAAUGUCCAGGAAAAGCCAGUAGACCCGCUGAUUGAGGCUGGAGCUCAGGUCCAGCAGAUCCUCAACAUCGAGUGUGUGUCUGAUUUCUCAGAUGCUCCUGUCCUCAACAUUCAGUUCAGAUAUGGUGGAACACUGCAGAACAUUGCUGUCAAACUCCCUGUGAUGCUGAAUAAGUUCUUCCAGCCCACGGAGAUGAUGUCCCAAGACUUCUUCCAGCGCUGGAAGCAGCUUGGAGCUCCUCAACAAGAGGUACAGAAAGUCUUCAAAGCCAAAAACCAGAUGGACACAGAUGUUACCAAAGCCAAGCUGUUAGGUUUCGGUGUAGCUCUGUUGGACGGUGUGGAUCCUAAUCCGGCGAACUUCGUUGGCGCUGGAAUCAUCCACACUAAGACCACUCAGGUGGGCUGCCUGCUCAGGCUGGAGCCCAACACACAAGCACAGAUGUACCGCCUCACCUUGCGGACCAGUAAGGAGUCCGUAUCUCAGCGGCUGUGUGAGCUGCUGUCUGAACAGUUUUAGCCUCAACACAGCACCUGCAUUCUUACACUUUCGUACUCUCACUUCUAAUCAAAAGUAGAUGUAUUGUACAGUGUACAUUUUUUGUUUUAUUACAUACUUUAUAUCCUACUGAGAGGGAAAAGUCUUUUUUGCACAUAACUCUUGUAGUGCCUCACUGCUUUCAAGCUGCGUCGUGUCUGUCCUCACACUGUGAUGAGGCUCAUGGUUUGGACUGAGCCGCCGGUACUGAGAGUCCGGGUUGUUGGUCUGGGAGUGUUUCACACAAUCAUUCUGCACUAGUUGGCUUAAAAAAUAGAUCACACAAGUCGCUCACAGAGAAUGCCAACACUUCAGCUGUUUAUUACAUGUUGUCUCAGGAGGAGCAAUCCCUCUUCGGUAUUUAUAAAAAACAUUUUUUGUAUGUGUGGAUUUUGUUUCCAGUAAGGGAGUUUCCUAACAGCCACAGCUGUUUACUAGAAUCAUCUUACAGGGACUGUGGUUGAAAUAACAUAUUUAUGUCUAAAUAAAGAAAUCCCAGGUCACCUUUUGAGAAAUACUUCACAGACUAUACAAUGGUCUAUUUCUAAAGGGAUAAUUCUGAUUUUUUUGAAGAUGGGUUCUAUUGAGAAUUUUUGAGCAGUGAGUGUUUUACCUUCUGUAAUUGUUAGUAUUUGUGUUUUGUACGUAUACUGACAUGUUUUUUUAACAACAUAGACAAGCAGUAUAAAAAAUCUGCAGCUAGAUUUCUUUUAAUGUCUGUGGCCUGAGCUUUUCACCUCUAGACACCUUAUGUAGCAACGCAUUCACCAGAGAUAUGGCAUUUAAGCUGCUGCUAACUCAAAGUAGCUUCGGGUCAUUGGUCUGUUCUGACGGGUUUUAUCAGUUUUCUCCUGACUGCCUUCAAACGAUCAAUGGAACCAGCUUUUAAAAAAAACAUCAACUCUAUUUUUAUUCUAUAAAUGUUUGCUCACACCAAGAACAGGAUCUUUGCUGGUCAUGAAAAGUUGAUUAGACACAUGGUCCAUCAACAACACACUGUAACCGUUAUGUCACUGCCGUAUCUUUGACUUUUCUAGCUGUGUUUUAAAUCAACCAACCACAUUGUUGGAUGCCUUUAUGCCUUUUCUGAUGUUGAAUUACCAGUUUUCAGUGGAAUCACUUGUUGGGGUAAACAAGCUUUAAAGCACUGCCAUUCUUUUUAUUUUCUCCUAAAGCAUUUCUCUUUAAUAUCCAACUAGAAAUAUUUCUCUAUUGGUCACUGUUUGUGUGUCUGUUUUUAUAUUUGCUUAAAGAAUGCCUAUUUUUACACCUUUUUUUGAUAAAAAUAACUAACUGCAGCUCUACAGGAAAAUUCCCCCCUAAUAAUUUUAUGCCAUAUCUAAUUUUUAGCUCCACUUUUUUCACCACUCUGCUAAACUAGAAUCCCACAGCUGCUUCUGCAUUUUUGCUCAUGGCUGGAUUGGAGAGUGACGUUAACCUGAGAGAAGAGAAUCAGACUACUUGACUUCUCUUCAAAUCAGCCUCCAGACGUUGUGUGGUGGUUCUGAUCCUUGAACCCAAAGCCUGAAGCCGGACCUGACGGGGGCACUGUGAUGUAAGAAAUGUGCUGGAAACAGCUGAACGUUAGAAAACCAGGGAGACCCAUGACCUCUGACCUCUGAGUAAUGUGAAGCACUGCUGCUUUUCCACCUGCAGCCUUAAACGUUUUCACAUAUUCUCUGACUUUGUUGUUUCUGACAUGAAUGUUGUUUACACUGUGCAUUGGGGUUUUAAUGCCACACUAUUCAUAAAUUGGUGAUUCAUUUAGCAAAUGGUGUCUGAUAAGUUUUGCUGUUUACUAGCAGCAUUUUAGCUCCACCUGUAUUGUGAAUUUAAUCAGCGUGUCGUUUAAGUGUCGAUGAUGCUAAAGAACAGUGUUGCCGUUACCCAUAACCCCCUGCUGCACACUGCUACUGCUUCACACCAGUUGCUCUUUUUUAAUUUUGUUUGUUUCUGACUCAGGAUUCUCAUUUUGUACAAACCACGUGACAUAUUUAUAUGACUUUAACAAAUAAUACCUACCAGGUCAGGAUUAUGGUGGUUUGAUCAAAGGUCACAAAGUCACAAUUAUAAGAAAUAGAAUGUCACAAAUUACAGUUUCAUAAUUAUUUCUCAUCUUUCAUGAAAUAUAUUUCAACUAUAAAGACAAAUUGUUAAAGUAGAUAACUGCGGUACGAAAUGACAACACAUUGUUUGAUCAGGGUUGAACAGAUCCUCCUUCCAACAAUAAACAGUUCAGUUCAUAAGGUUCUGAAUAUUUCAAAUGAGAAAAACAAAAUAUUUCACUAACGUGUGAUAGGUGAUGACCGAUUAAUUAGAUUCAGACAUGUUGCAACGGGUGUCCAGCUGUCUUGAGUUACAAAUUCAUAAGUUGUGUUUCAGGUUUUGGUUUCAGUGAUUCACUCCACUGGUUUAAAUAUUUGCUGAAGCUUUGAACUCUGAGUAGAUUUCAUGUGUGGUGUUGCAUUGUCAGUAAACUGAGUGAAAAUA